AUGUCUGGAAGAGGCAAAGGCGGGAAGGGACUUGGGAAGGGUGGCGCUAAGCGUCAUCGGAAAGUACUCCGUGACAACAUCCAGGGUAUUACUAAGCCUGCCAUCCGUCGUCUGGCUCGGCGUGGCGGAGUAAAGCGAAUCUCUGGCCUCAUCUAUGAGGAAACGCGCGGGGUUCUAAAAGUGUUCUUGGAGAACGUGAUCCGGGACGCUGUCACUUACACUGAGCACGCCAAGCGUAAGACCGUAACCGCUAUGGAUGUGGUUUAUGCGCUCAAGCGCCAGGGACGCACUCUCUACGGCUUUGGAGGCUAUUUAAAAUUAGCUGAGAAUUCCCAGAGGUCUUAA